GGUCACAAUGGACAGAUAAAUAGUAGGGGUAGGGGAGAGAGAGCGUUGUCGUGGACUAAACCCUAGAUCCUUCUCCUCUCCUCACAGCUCUCCUUCGGAAGCAUCCACAGCAGAGUCAAGAUGCCUCACGCCUACCCAUUCCUCAGCCCCGAGCAGAAGAAGGAGCUCAGCGACAUCGCUCUUAGGAUCGUCGCUCCCGGAAAGGGAAUUCUCGCCGCAGACGAGUCCACCGGUAGCGUGGCCAAGCGCUUCGAGAGCAUCAAUGCUGAGAACACCGAGGAGAACAGGAGGCUGUACCGCCAGCUGCUCUUCACAGCUGACGAGCGCGUCGACCCCUGCAUCGGAGGCGUGAUCCUCUUCCACGAGACCAUGUACCAGAAGACAGACGCCGGAAAGCUCUUCCCCGAGCACCUGAAGAGCAGAGGCAUGGUGGUCGGGAUCAAGGUGGACAAGGGCGUGGUGCCCCUCGCCGGGACCAACGGCGAGACCACCACCCAAGGUCUUGACGGUCUGUAUGAGCGCUGUGCCCAGUACAAGAAGGACGGCGCUGACUUCGCCAAGUGGCGCUGUGUGAUGAAGAUCACCCCCACCACCCCCUCCAGACUGGCCAUCGUCGAGAACGCCAACGUGCUGGCCCGCUAUGCUAGCAUCUGCCAGAUGCACGGCAUCGUGCCCAUCGUGGAGCCCGAGAUCCUGCCCGACGGCGACCACGACCUGAAGCGCUGCCAGUAUGUCACAGAGAAGGUCCUGGCCGCCAUGUACAAGGCCCUGUCCGACCACCACGUGUACCUGGAGGGAACCCUGCUCAAGCCCAACAUGGUGACGGCCGGACACUCCUGCUCACACAAGUACACCAACCAGGAGAUCGCCAUGGCGACCGUCACCGCCCUGCGCCGCACCGUGCCCCCAGCAGUCCCUGGCAUCACCUUCCUGUCCGGUGGUCAGAGUGAGGAGGAGGCCUCCAUCAACCUGAACGCCAUGAACCAGUGCCCCCUGGCCCGGCCCUGGGCCGUCACCUUCUCCUACGGCCGUGCCCUGCAGGCAUCGGCACUCAAGGCCUGGCAAGGCAAGAAGGAGAACGGCAAGGCCUGCCAGGAGGAGCUGAUCAAGAGGGCUCUGGCUAACAGCCAGGCCUGCGUGGGUAAGUACGCGCCCGGUGGAAGCAGCAGCGCCGGCGGGGAGUCCCUGUUCGUGGCCAACCACGCCUACUAGUGGAUCUCCAUUCCCAUCCGCUCAUGUUCUGCACCUUUGACGUCAAAGAUUCCCACCUUACUGUUUGUAUUCAUGGUACCUGUUGAUUGUACUUGUUAUUGCCGGUUCAUCCUGGUACCGAACAAUAAAGGACUUUAACAGAG